UACCGAUCAUUUUUCAAUGGUAGCACGUCAACGUCACAGCCAUGAAGGAAACAGCAGAUUUUUUCGAUCAUCCAUACUACAAAUUCACAAAAACUAUGACGAGCCUCGUGGGACAGUGGCCUCAUCAGACAACUAAAGAACUCAUCAUUCAUCGUAGCUGUUUAUUCGUUAUCAUCAGCCUUCAAUUAAUGCCACAAUUUUUUGCUGUGUACGUCUAUCGCAACGAUUUUAAAAUUCUUCUGGAUACGUUGAGCCCGUUCAUCGUGGAUGCUACGCUACUUGUAAAAGUAGUGAAUAGUUAUUUUCAUUCGGAAAACUUGAUUCAUCUCUUGAAUUUGAUCAAAGAAAAUUGGACUAUCUUUCCUCAGUCCAGCGAACAACGGGUGUUGCACUAUCACAGUGAUCUUUGCAGCAAAGCUUCAUUGUUGUAUUUGGGGGCUAUGUAUUUUGGCACUUUCCAAUUUGCCACGGAACCACUUCAACGAAAGUUACUCUACGCUCUUAUCGAUAAUAAUGUAACGGUAGAGAAAGUGUUUGCCAUACCAAUGGAAUUUCCUUCGACGAUCGACAUGGGCUAUUGGUAUUAUCCGAUUCUAUUGAUUUCUACAUUCUUCAUUAUGGUAUUUCUGACAGUCGUUGGUUCUUGUGAUUUACUACUCUUCUUAUAUUCAGAACAUGCUGUUGGAUUAUUCAAAGCAUUAGGGUAUGCAAUUGAACAUCUGCCUCCGAACGAUUCCGAAGGAAAUAACUAUAGUUUUGAGUACUUGAAGAGUUGCGCAGCAGUUCACAGUCGUGCAAUAUAUUUUGCAGAGCAAGUCAGAGACAUCUACCUGUGGGCGUUUUUUGGAGUCAUCGGAUUGAAUACCAUUAUACUGAGCAUCACCGGUGUUCAGGUGGUCAUCAACAAGGAAGCUACAGAAAAAGUCAUCAAGUAUUUCAUCUUCGUGAUUAUGCAGAGUAUGCACCUCUUCGCGGAAUGCUAUGCAGCUCAGCGACUCAUGGACGCCAGUUACGAGAUCAAAGAGCGUCUGACAAGUUCAGUUUGGUAUAUCCACUCAUUGAAGACCCAGAGGUUGUUACCACUGAUGAUUAUGAGGAGUCAGUCGCCGAUCGUCUUAACUGCUGGCAAAAUGAUCGUCAUGAAUAUGGACACUUAUGCUGUGGUCCUCAAAACAGCUGCAUCGUACUUCACAAUAUUCCUUGCAAUGCAGUAACAAUACUUUUAAAUUUAUGAAGGAAACGGUUAAUUAUUGAAAAGCUGGAAUUUUUAAUUGCUCAUUUAUUCACAGUUACUGGGUAAUUACCAAUGCAAAAUAUAUCUUCAAUCCCGAGACGAUCGGCAAAAACUGAUUUAUGAUUUUUUUGUUAACCCCAAGUAUCAUUGAUAAUCAUCAAUAGAAAAUCGUUCGGAUGUAUUCAAGCUAGAAAGUAUUCAUGUGUCAAAUGAGAAAAAAUAAAAGAGCGAGUGCAUAAAUUCAAGGUAAUAAUAAUUCUCCACAUCUGCUUCUUUUUUAUUUCUCAAUGUAAUCGCCAUUACUUCUAGCUCUAGUUUGUUGG